AUGAGUGAUGAGUUGUACAGAAAAACCCAAAACAGGAUAUACAGCAUGCAAGAGACACUGCUGAAUAGUUCUAGGGAGUCCAAACAGGCCCGAGAUCAGGAUACGGGUAAAAUCGGAUCAUCAUCAUCAGAAGAAGCAGUUGCUGCACCGGCUAAUACACAGAAUGUUGCAGAUGAAAGUUCCCAAACAGGGGAACCUGAAAACAACACUACCCUUGAAACUGCAGCUCCAGACAGCAAACCUGAAGAUGACGAAGACGAAAUAGACGUAAACUCUAAAUCUGUCCUUGAAUAUACAGAGAAGAAUUACGCACUACAGCGGCGCCCUUUGGCCACCUUGGAGUACGACUCCAUGAGAGUUGGUGUUUUUCCUGGGGAUCCGAAAUUGGAAGCCCUUCCAUUCCCUUAUAAUUUCAAGACCAUCAGAUCUCCGAGACCUUUUAUUCCAAGGAUGUCUCAUAACCAUAUCAACUCAAUCCUUACAAUACAGAUCGAUUCCAUAUAUUUACAACAAGUGGCCCGUAGUGAGAACAUACGGUACCAAAACCGAGAGAUAUGGGGCACAGAUAUAUAUACCGACGAUUCGGAUAUUAUAUUAGUACUUCAACACUGUGGAGUUUUGCCAUUUUCUGAACCAUUGGAUCAAAACAGCAAUGGCAAGCCAUCCAAUGUUCACUCUUUGAAAACUAAAUUGAGAAGAACUCCUACAAAUAUGUCGGACCAAAAUAGUGUGACAGGAGCAAUCCCAGAACGUGAAAUUCCAUUUGCGAUCAAAGUGGACAUCCUAAUGUUACCACCUCUUCAAGGUUAUGCGUCAUCCACGAGAAAUAAUAUCACAUCCAGAGAAUGGACAGGGCAAGUCCAUGACGGUUUGUCGUUCGGAAUUUUCCAUGUUGAUAUUGUGGUGAUGGACAACACAUUAAAUGAGAUACAACAAUCUGACAAGACUAAGUCACUAAAGUGGUAA